AUGGAAGACGAUGAUGAUUUAAUAGAAAUCACAGAUGAACAACACGCUCGAAUUCGAGCUACCAUCGGAAAAAGACCAGAAUUCGAUCAUUUGAUUCUUCGAGAUUUACAGUUGUCAGAUUCAGAAGAGCAUAGGUGUGAGAGCGAGGAAGAAUCGGAAGAUGACGAAGGUGGCGAACUUUUCUACAAGCGUAACACACUAAGAGUCACCACUGUAGCACAAGAAGCUGCGUUCAAGCGUUUUCAAGCUCUCCCGAAAGCCGUGAGAGAGGCGGAAAUUCAGAAAAAUUUGAACGAUUUGAAGCAAUACGCAGAUGAAAAAGACCUUGCAAUGGAAAAAAUACUGGGAAAACUGACGACUGAAAGUGAAAAUCAAGAAGAAGAAGAAGAAGAAGCGAUUGUUGGAGAAGGCGAUGAGAGAGAAAAUUCAGAUGGAGAGACUUCCGAAGGAGGAGAAGAAGUAGAUGUUGACGACUAUGUUGAUGAUCCAGAUGGUUUGAGUAAAGAAGAAAUGCGAGAUUGGUGGACAGCAAUGAAUGAAAUUUGGGAUGAUAUGUAUGGAGAUAGGCAUGAAAAAUCCAUGACUUCGCUAAUCAAAAAUGAUGGUUCCUCGGGUGAAAUGAAAACGCCGAAGACAGAAAUUGGAUGUGUUGGAUCUAGUAAAAUUCUUGAGCAUAAACCGUGUCUUUUUGAUAGUCAAAAACCAUUGAUUCCUUCAUUACGAAAUAAAUCAAAUCAAAAAACAUCUUGCCUAUUCCUAUCGCAAUCGAGGUCUCGAAGAGAGAAUGCAUUUCAGAAAGAAAGCGAAAUUACUGUAGUUGCUGAUCCGAGAUGUGAUUUGGAAGAAACAGGGAUAAGAAGAAGGACGGUUUCCGACUCGGUUAAUUCGUUAUGUUCUGAUGGAGCUUCCGUUAAUAGUAAUUCGAUUGCACUGGAUGAUUUCUUUUCGUCUCGUCCAAAUACUCCAGAAUAUCCGGAAAUGCCAAUUGAUAAAGAUAGAAAUGGGAUUAUUGUGGAUCAAGAAAAAGAAACAUUAAAUUCGACUAUCUGUGUGUCGAACACAAAUGAUGGUGAUGUGGGUAAAGAAGAAGAGGAAGAAAAAAACCUUUCGAGGAGUCCUAUAAAACAGGUCCCACAUGAAAUGAUGGAAUCACGAGAGUCGUUUCAGGCCGCACGACCACCAACACCAAACCGCCAAGAAUCACAAAAUCAAAUAUCCAUACAUCAGAUUAUUCCGGAAUAUGUACAACAAAAAGUUUCGACUCAUGUUCCUUCUCCUUCCACGGAAACUACUAGACCAAUUAUCGAGAAGCAUGAAACUUGCAGAAAACGUGUGUUGUCUCCAAUUUCCAUACCAAAUAUUGCUUCAAGUGUUAAAUCAAAAAGAGCAAAAUCUGAAAUGACUGUCGAGAACACGAAGAAAUUGCCAGAUCGAGCUUCCCGAUCACGGAAAGAUUCCACAAAGGAUAAUAUUGAGAAACCAAUAGUGAUAAAAAGAGGCCGAGGCAGGCCGAAGAAAGUGAGGAGAAAGAAAUGUGAAGGUCAUCAUGCUAAUUUACGAAAGACGGCUCCAAAAUUUUCUGAUGUAUUUCGAUCAAAACUGAUUAAUCGAGUAUCCACAAUCUUCCAGAAGACUGCAUCAAAUCCCAUCGAAUCCUCCUCUGAAUCCACGAAAUCUCCACCAGAGGAAAGACAUAGUUAUCCGACAAGAAGUUCGAAAAAAUAA